UCAACAUCAACAUCAUCAUCAUCUUCUUAUUCUUCUUCAUCAAUAUGGAUGAUCAAACAAAAGCUCUUGCAAACCCUAAAGAAAGAUCACCAGCAGAGCCAGUGCGCUCCCGGUGGACACCAAAACCAGAACAAAUCCUCAUACUAGAAUCAAUCUUCAACAGCGGAAUGGUUAACCCUCCAAAGGAUGAAACAGUCAGAAUUCGCAAGCUUCUCGAGAAAUUUGGCUCAGUCGGCGAUGCUAACGUCUUCUACUGGUUCCAAAACCGUCGGUCCAGGUCCCGUCGACGACAACGCCAACUCCAAGCUAGUCUUGCAGCUGCCACAAACACUUCUCUAUCAUUCUAUGAACCUUCACCUUCAUCUUCCUCAUCUUCGACCUCAUCGAACGGAGUUUUCUUUUCUUGCUCUUCAACUUCUAGUGCUUCUUCUUCUUGUUCUAAUUUUUUAGCAGACGAUAAUGCCGAUGAUCUCUUCUCGAUCUCUCGCCAGAUGACUAAUCAGAAUUCAAGCUUUUCUUCUUCUGAUUUUUCACAGUUGCACUUUCAUCCUGGAUAUAUGACUGUUUAUAUCAAUGGGAUGGCAUCAGAAGUUCCAAGAGGACCAAUUGACAUGAAAGCCAUGUUUGGAUUGGAUGUGAUGCUUGUGAACUCAAAUGGAGAGUUGGUUCCAAUGAAUGAGUAUGGAAUUCUGUUGCAAGGUUUGCAAAUGGGGGAAAGUUACUUCUUGGUCAGUUAUACAUGAAAGAGAUUAUGCAGCCAUUCAUGAGUUCUUCAGUUUUAAUUAAUGUUUCUUUUUUCUUUUUUCUUCAUGCAUGUGUG